GAGUCUCGCAGCCUCCUCGUGUUGGCUGCGUCAAUCAACGGCGCAUUUACAACGCACCUUUGCUGUACAAGUCUGACGCUCAUUAAUGAAUCUAUAGGCAAUUCAAUGAGCUACAAGCCGCUUUUGCCCCGGUGAACUGCAUUGCAGCGUGUUUUGGAUGCCACGUGCAUGCUGUGGUUCCCUCCUUCAAAGCUUCAUAAUCCGUCAGAACUUUGUAGGUACUGCAUUGUUUCGUGGCCUCCAGUACACAUCCUACCAUCAAGUGUUAGUUUCUGUCCCUCAGUCAUAUGUCAAACUUUGUCCCACAUCCUCUGGAAGAUCGCCCUCCACCCUUGGAGGAACCGAGCCAUUUAGAACGCCCCCAGGACCCCGAGACAAACCUGGCGAUCACUGAAAUGCUACAAGUCGACGUGAAUAACACUAUGCCAGACUCACUCGAUAAUACCCUCCCAGCCUUGGGUGAGGAGGCAAGCUACCCAGAACACCCCCAAGACUUGGGAGAGGCACACCUCAGUGGAAUGCAACAGAUCGUCGUUACUGCCAUUCGCGCGACUGAUCUAACUCUUGGUCUCCAACGGAUUCCCGCUGGCUUCCAUGUGAUAGUAAAGACUCACGAUAUCGAAUUCCAAACAAGCAACAAGCCUGUGCACGUAGACCAGGCUGUUGUCGAAUGGAACGAGCCCAUACUUCUGCCAUGUGAACCAUCUUCUCUCGUUCGGGUCAGCGUGUAUGCCUCAUUUGAACUGAGUCCCGUGCUCGGUCAUGGAGAUGUUCUCCGCACAUUCGAGAUAUCCGUGGGUGAAUUAUUGGAUCGCAGUGAAAAGUCAUGUCCCAUAGUUUUUCAGCCCAAGCAGGCGAAAGUCGUAUCCCCGUGUACUUCGCUGUUCAUGACAGUGGAGCAGCGACGAUCUGAUGAAAACGACGGUGCAGUUCUUGAACCGCUUACCGCCCCUACGUCCGGCGAUAUAAAUGCGUUAGUGCUAACAGACGCCGGACAUCGCCUUCUCGCACGAUUCCGAAGGACGCGGAACACUACGGAUCUCGACCAAUCCAUAACGCACCUUGAACCACUAUUCAAUCUAGCUUCCGCAAAGUUUGUUAAUUGCCAAGUAAAUGGAACAUACCUCGACCUCGACAUCCCCAUCUGUCUUUUUCAAGAUGCCCUUGCUUUGCGUCCUACUGGUCAUCCUGACCGACCCACGACCCAGCUCCAUCUUGCCAUUUCUCUGCUGUCUCGCUUUGCGAAACGGGGAUUUCAAACAGAUGCUGAUUUGGCCGAAGAGUCACUGAGCGAAGUCCUCGAGGUUUGCCACACCAACAGCCACAUUUACAGAGCAGCUUUGCUUGCAAUUGAUACAUUUGUUCAACAUCAAGCUGGAAGCAUGGAUGGACACGUUAUUGGGCACAUGAAGCCCGCUGCAUCCAUACUUCCGUUGUCGCCGAAUCAACUCGCUGGUCGUGCAAAGCGGUGCUUGCAGAGAGAUGACCCCCAUGACUUGGAUGAAGUGAUCUCCCUUCAUUACGAUGCACUGCGAUACUACCACAUUACGCAUGCUUGCCGAGGGCAAUUACUAUGUAAUCUGGGCGGAAUUUUGUGCACUCGCUUUCAGCGUCGAGGCAAUAGCCAAGACUUGAAUGACGCCCUCAUGCUUCACAGGGAAGCGCUGGCUUUACAACCAGUCGGUCACGCAGAUCGGUCCAUAUCAUUAAGUAACAUUGCGACUGUGCUCUCCAUCCGCUUCGGGCACCGAGGCAAUGAGCAAGACUUAGAUGACGCUGUCAUGCUUCUCAGGGACGCGCUGGCUUUACGUCCAGUCGGUCACCCAGAUCGGUCCACGGCAUUAACUAACCUUGCGACUGUGCUCUUCACCCGCUUCAAGCACCGAGGCAAUGACCAAGACUUGGAUGACGCCGUCAUACUUCACAGAGACGCGCUGGCUUUACGUCCAGUCGGUCACCCAGAUCGGUCCAUAUCAUUAAGUAGCCUUGCGACUGUGCUCUCCGCCCGCUUCAAGCACCGAGGCAAUGACCAAGACUUGGAUGACGCUGUCAUGCUUGACAGAGACGCGCUGGCUUUACGUCCAGUCGGUCACGCAGAUCGGUCCUCGUCAUUAAAUAACCUUGGGAGAUUGCUCUCUACCCGCUUCGAGCACCGACGCGAUCGAGAAGACCUCCACGAGUCACAAGAGAAUCUCCGCUGUGCAUUGACUCUCUUGACGCAACAUGAUCCUCGUCUACUAAUCGUCCAUGGAUCGCUAGCUAACGUCUAUAUGUUGUUCCAUCAAUCGGGACUUAACGGCACUGGUGAACACAUUGACAGUUCGGCUGCUGCCAUGUAUCAUCUCAAGGCAGCGGCAAAUCUUGUCUCUGGAGGUUUGCUACCUCGCCUGCAAACAAGUCUACGCUGGGUUCGCGAUGCCGCUCAACAAUCACAUGCUACUGAACUAGAGGCUUAUGCGACUUCCAUGCAGCUUCUGGACGCUUACAUGUCCGCGACGGCUUCAGUAUCAUCUCGUCACAAUGUCAUGAAGGACUUCCCCAAUACGCUUGCUGUGGAUGCUGCAUCAUGUGCGCUUCGUAGUGGUGAUGCCUGUCGCGCUGUCGAGUUGUUGGAACAAGGUAGGACUGUCAUUUGGACCCAGAUGACACGACUACGCACGCCUCUUGACGGCCUCCAAGAUCUCGGUGAUCAUGCAGUGGCCCUGAUGAAGAAAUUCAGACACUUCGGCUCCCUCCUUGAUGCGCCUCCUACGAAUCUUCCAGAAGGGACCCCAAGAUUCAAUGUAGAAGCAGAGGAAAGUCGGUACCGACGUCUAGUGGAGGACUGGAAUAGAGUUGUAGAAGAGAUUCGCGAUAUCGAGGGCUUCUCUCGCUUUCUACUUCCCCCCUUGUUCUCCGAUCUUCAACAUGCAGCUCGUGAUGGGCCUAUUGUCGUGCUCGUUGCAAGCAAGUCGUCUUGCGAUGCCAUCAUUGUUCCACACAACCAACCUCCGAUCAACAUUAAACUCCGCAUCAAUUUGGAGAAACUCCAGCAUUUGGUGGUCAAACUCCAACGGGCAAGUCAACCACAGGCCGCUCCCAACCCCGCUCCCGAAGCCACUCCCAAGCCCUCUCCAAAACGGACCCAAUCAGCGCUGAUGAAAGCUUUGAUGGAGUUGUGGGACGACGUUGUCAGCCCGGUGGUAGACAAUCUGGGCGGAUUUGCACCGCCAGGUUCCCGGAUAUGGUGGUGUCCGACGUCUUUCUUCAAUUUUUUGCCGUUGCACGCUGCUGGCGCAUACAGGCAAGGCGGACAGUUGCUUUCGAACCUCUAUAUCUCUUCAUACACGCCAUCACUUACCGCGCUGAUCAGGGCUCGCAGCAGUCACGACAGAUCCCUGUCAGUGCCCUUUGCUGCCAUCGGUCAGAAUCACCCAGCUGGUCAUCCAUUCACUUUGGAGUGUGUGGAGCCCGAACUAGAAUUGGUGCGGAGUCUUUUGCCCCCUCCUCCGACUGUUUCCUUCACCAAAAUAACGAGCGUUGAGGCAACGAAAUCGAGAGCGUUGGAUGCAUUGCGAGACAAUACCUGGCUUCAUCUUUCGUGUCACGGGACACAGAACUACACAGAACCCUUCAAUUCGGCCUUUCUCAUGCUCGACCAACCGCUUUCACUCCUCGAUAUCGCGCAAAUGGAUCUGUCUCGGCAUGAAUUUGCCUUUCUUUCUGCCUGUGAAACCGCAGUAGGUGAUGUCAAUACGCCUGACGAAGUCAUACACCUGGCGGCUAGCCUACAAUUUGCUGGUGUGCAGAGCGUAGUUGGGACAUUAUGGAGCGUCAACGAUAGUACGGUGCAGCGCCUAGUCGAGGCAUUCUACAAGAAUUUGUGCGGAGAUGGCAAGAUGAAUUCCAAGCGGGCUGCCCGUGCGUUGCACCGAGCGGUCCAGUCGUUGGCUAGUGACAAGGACAUGCCAUUGGAACAGCGCAUCGUGUUCAUGCAUAUUGGCAUAUAAUCAAUUUCCCAUUCCUACACGUAGCCUAUUGCCAACAAGAUAUUUUCUUUUCGCUAUUUCAGACUUUGAGACUGUAUAGGUACCUCCCGGAUCCCCGAUUUGUACACCCAUAAUUCCGACUUGUAUUCCCCAGCCUGUUGCCUCAGAACCACACGUGACCCCUUCUAAUAUGCACUAUUAGUAUAAAGUUAACAAGUUGUAUCAUUGGUUCAUGUAUGUACCACUCAGGGUACGAGCGAGCCAAAUCAUCAAGAUCUCGAGACAAUAUGGUGCAAUGACAC